GGCGCGACGGCGCGAAGGCGCUCGAUCGCGACGCGCGCGUCGACGGCGCAUCGCGACGCGAUCGGACGGGCGCGCGACGGUCGCGACGUCGCGUGAUGAUGAUGGUAAUGCGCGCGAGCGUCGCGAUGGUGGGCUCGGCGCGCGCGCCGAACGCGGCGCGGCCGUCGUCGAGCUCGAGCUCGAGCUCGACUUCAAAACGCGCGCGCGGGCGCCGAACCCACGGUCGCGGUGAAGCGAUCGUGACGCGCGCGCGGAAAAGCGCGGCGGUGAACGCGAACGAUAAAAAGAAUAAAAAGAACGUCAAGCGAGGGAAGAGCGAUGGGAAGAACGCGAAGACGUCGGGGAAGAAGAGCUCGAAGCACUUGAAACCGCCGACGGAGGGGACGAGGACGCUGAAGAUUGGUUCGGUGGCCGUGGACGUGCCGGAGGGGAUACCGCGCGCGUUGGAGCAAGCGCCUCGACCGGUGGUGUACGCCGGAGGAGCGUUGGCGCUGUUGAUUUUGAAAAAACUCUUAUUCGGGCGACGUAGUGGUAGCAAAGGAUCGCUCGGAGAUUUGGAGGAGCGCGGGAUGUUGGACGAAAACCGAGAGGUGGACGAGGAAAAGUUCUUCAAGGGCAUGAUGAAAUCCGUGCGAACGGUGGAGAUGCCCGAACUGACGGAGGAACAAAUAUUGGCGGCGCGCGAGCGUCGUCGAGCCUCCGCGGCCGGGAACGAUAACUUUGAAAAGUCCCUCUCCGAGGCGGAGAUUCCUGCAAACCACCCGUGGGCGACGAAGGAAAAGUUGACGCCCGAGGAGGAACGCGCCGCUGAGCAGCGCGUUCUCGAAGCGAAUCGACCGCGCAAGCGCCGAGGUGUUCCGCCGCCGCAAUGA